AUGGUUGAUGCAUCGUAUGUUCGCUUACUAUACAGGCGCAUAUUAUGUGAAGGUGUCCAAUUCUUUGAUGAUCGAGCUAGAACGUAUAUAGUAAACCGAACACGAAACGCAUUCCGUGGCUAUAAGCAAUGUACCGAUGAGACACGAAUCAAAAACAAGUGCCGAGAAGCACGAAAGCAAUUGCACCGGCUGGAGAGAGCUAAUCGUGGCGAUCUCAGGAGUGGACUCAAGGUUCUCGAGUUUGCCUAUGGUAGGCGUGGAAAAACAAGGCAUCGUCUAUUACGCCCUUAUGUGCACACGCAUUUACCUGCCGAUCUUCCAGUACCUGAACCGCUUGUGCCCCAUGUUCCUCAUACAGCACCGCCACCUCCCUUGUGUCCACCCUUAGCAGCUAUCAUUCGCCAUACACUCGGCAAAAAACUCGAACCGGACCUUCCUAAACCUGAAUUCAAACCUUUGCAUCCUGGACGUCAAGCAAAUCUAUUAUGGCGUUGGCGUAGUGAUCUUUUGGCUCGUGUUCAGCUACCAUUACCAUUGCAAAUUAUACGUGAAUUGGAACAAAAGGCAGGUGCACCCUCGAAUGAUACCAGCACAACCGGUGGUGGACCUUUGUGGGAUGAAUUGUAUGGAGAUCAGACUACACAUGUGGAUAUCAUGCACCUUUGUCCAACUACAAAACUUGUACCACUAUCCAAAGUACAGCGCCAUCCACAACCUUUGCCAAGUUCUUCAUCCGUUUAUGACACUGCUUCUAUGAUUCGCUUUGUUGAUCCGUCAUUUGAUCCUUCGCUUGAUAUCCACGCGAGAAGAAGAAGAUUGAACAAGAGAAACAAAAAGCGACUUUAUAAGCGACUCCUGAAAGAGAUUCCUUUUCUUACACCUAUACCAUCAGCAUCCAAUCUAUGGGAUUCUAGCAUCAAGUAUUCGGUUGGGUAUUCGAAAUGGAUACCAGGCAGUGUUGUGAAUGUUUUACAAUAA